AUGGAUCCAUUCUCAAGCGAAGGAGAGCUCCUCGCCAUGCACACCGCCUUCUUCAGCGGCCAGUACCAAGCCGUGCUCGACAGCGACACCAGCACCCUCUCCGCCUCCAACGCCCUCCCCGCCCGCAUCUACGCCCUCCGCUCCCGCAUCGCACUCGGUGAUGCCCCCUCCGUCAUCUCCGAGCUCGAGUCCGAGACCGACACGCCCGACCUCGCUGCCGUCAAGGCUUUUGCCGAGUACACCACCGGCGCCAAGGAGUCUGCCACCGCGGCCAUCGAGGGCCUUGUCGAGUCCGCAGCUGACAACGCUACGGUCCAGGUCAUUGGCGCCAUUGUCCUCCAGAGCGAGGGACGGAGCGACGAGGCGCUGGCGCUGCUGAGUAACCAUGUCAACAGUCUAGAAGCUGUCGCCCUCACCGUCCAGAUCCGUCUCUCGCAGAACCGCACCGACCUGGCGCUCAAAGAAGUGCAGAUGGCCAAACGCUGGGCGCAAGACAGCCUCCUCGUCAACCUCGCCGAGUCCUACCUCGGCCUCCGCAUUGGUGGUGAAAAGUACCAGUCGGCCUACUACGUCUUCGAGGAGCUUGCGCAGGCGCCGUCGUCGUCGUCGUGCCGCACGCUCGUGGGACAGGCCGUGGCGGAGCUGCACCUGGGCCGGCUGGAGGAGGCGGAGGUUGCGCUGCAGCAGGCGCUCGACAAGAAGGGCGAUGAUGCGGACGCGCUGGCGAAUAUGCUGGUGCUGGCGACGAUCGCGGGGAAGGAGGGGGAGGAGUGGAGGGCGAGGCUGGAGGCGACGGAGGGCGCGGAGGCGCAUCCGUUUUUGAGGGAGUUGAGGGAGAAGGAGGAGUUGUUUGAGAGGGCGGCGGGGAAGUAUUCGGCGAAGGUGGGGGCGUAG